AAGGCGGCCGAAGGGACGGACACAGGGCUGCUGGGCCAGCCCCAGUCCUCCCUCCUCCUCCUCCUCCUCCAUCUCCACCCCCACCAUCUCCUCUUCAGCCUGCAGGGUACCCGAGCAGGGCAGGACCCCUUCCUUGACGGCAGCACGACGUGGGGUGAGCUGGAUUCUCCAAUCUACCCGCCUUCCCCUCACCUGGGGUCCUCAGGCCACCGCCUGCCUGUCCCGCCCCCCAAUCCCGUCCCCCUGGGGUGACUAACCCCUCUUCGGUCCAGCAGCCGGCCUGGGUGCCCCCGUCCCUUCAGUCCUGCCCUUCUGAAGAACCGAUCAGGCCUGGCCAAGACAGGGCCCCAACCGCUCUGCCCGGGCCUGUCCGCCCCAUCCACCAGGGAGGGAUGCAGCCACGUGUCCUCCGGGGCAUCUCCGGGCUCUCCCUCACCCUCUUGUGUGUGGGGCUCCUCUCUGUGAGGCACCGGGAAGGUCGAGGGGAUCCAGGGGAAGCCCGGGGGCUGGACUGGGGGACCCCCGGGCACCAGAGGAAGACCCUUCCGACGGCCACCGAGGACGACGGCAGGCAAGAAGGGACGAAGGGCCUGGCGCUCGGGGAUGUGUUCAUCGCCGUCAAGAGCACCAGGAGGUUCCACCAAUCCCGCCUGGAACUGCUGCUGGACACCUGGAUAUCCCGGGCCCGGAAGCAGACGUACAUCUUCACAGAUGGAGAAGACGAAGCCUUACAGGAGAGACUGGGGGCCCACUUUGUGGUCACCAACUGCCCCGCCGAACACAGCCACCCGGCCCUGUCCUGCAAGAUGGCGGCCGAGUUCGAUGCCUUCUUGGCCAGUGGACUGAGCUGGUUCUGCCACUUGGAUGAUGACAACUACCUGAACCCACAAGCCCUGCUGAAACUCUUGUCCUCCUACUCCCCGUCCUGGGACGUCUAUGUCGGCAAACCCAGCCUGAACCGGCCCAUCCGGGCUUCGGAACCGCUGCCCCAAAAUCGCACGAAGCUUGUACGCUUUUGGUUUGCCACCGGAGGGGCCGGCUUCUGCAUCAGUCGCCGAUUGGCUACCAAGAUGGUACCAUGGGCCAGCGGCCCCCGUUUCCAGAACACCUCGACUCUGAUCCGCCUGCCGGAUGACUGCACGGUGGGCUACAUCGUCGAGUGCAAGCUCGGGGGGCGCCUGCUGCCCAGCCCCCUCUUCCACUCCCACCUGGAGAAUCUGCAGCUCCUCCGGACCCCACAGCUCCCGCAGCAGGUUACACUCAGCUAUGGGGUCUUUGAGGAGAAACUCAACAUCAUCGAGAUUCUGGGCCCCUUCUCCCAGCAGGAGGAUCCCUCCAGGUUCCGGUCCCUCCACUGCCUUCUCUACCCUGACACUGCGUGGUGCCCACAGCCGCUCAUCCGGUGACCCCUGAUCCUCCCUGAAGCAAAGGUCAAGCAAGUCACCCACCACCCCACCAUCCCGUGGAGGAGAAGGGGACGAGGAGUCGUGGUCCACCGGGCUCAGACCCCGCAGCGCUGUCCGGCCGCCCUGGGAGGCCCCCAGUUCCCACGCAGCCUUCUGGGCCCUGGGUUCGGGGGAGGAGCCGUCCGGCCCCGGAGAAGUUCGACGGCAGAGGACUGCCCCAUUGCGGAGGCUCCGGAGUCGGAUGGAGCGUUUCCCGGCCCAGGUGCUCCGGAGCCAAGAUUCAAUGGGUGCGGGCUGGGGCCGGGGGCUUCGGCUGCUUCACCCCGACUCCCGGCCUCACUGAACUCUGCAGGGCAGAAACGAGAGGUGGGGGGAAGAGAAAGAGGAAGAGACAAAGAACGAGAGAAAGAAAGAAAGAAAAAGAA